AUGUCAAAAAUAGUUACACAAGAAGCAGAAAAUCUGGAGGAUGUCAAGGAGGUCAAUCAAGAGUUGGUUAAAAGAAAGAAGUGGAGAUAUUAUUUCAAAUCGACGAAGAUUAGUGGUAGAGUGCAGGAGUUUUAUCAGGAACUCUACGAUAGCAAAGUAAAUCGGGAACCAAUAGAAAUUGGCCAAGAAGAACAAACAGAACCACCCAUAUUAUCUUCUGAAGACUCCAAUCAGCCGAAUGAACAGGCAAGAUUUCGCAUAGGCUUUUCAACCAUAGUUCACAUCCAUACCAUAAAUCAAAUAUUGGAAAAAUCAAUCGAAUAUAGACUCCCAGUGUGCAUGGCCUUUAUUGACUGUGAAAAGGUCUUUGACUCAAUUGAAAUCUUAGCUCUCCUAAAAGCACUAAAGGAUCCAAAUGGAGAUACCAUAUCCCCUAAACUUUUUACAGCCGCUCUUGAAAAUAUCUUAAAAGGAUUGAACUGGGGAGAACGAGGUAUAAAUAUAAAUGGAAGUUACUUAAACCAUCUAAGGUUUGCAGAUGACAUUGUCAACCUAGCAAAAACACCCCAGGAACUACAAGAAAUGAUUCAGGAAUUAAAUGAAGGAAGCCUAAAAGUAGGAAUGAAAAUGAACAUGAGUAAGACCAAAAUCAUGUUUAAUCCCUGCUGCGCCAAAAAACAAAUUGUAGUGGGUGAGCAAGCAAUAGAGGAAGUAGAAGGAUAUAAUUACCUAGGGCAAAUCAUAACUUUCAAAAGAAGAAUUAGUUUAGGAUGUGCAGCAUACGGACAGCACAAGAAUAUCUUAGAAUCACAACUACCAAUAUGCUUAAAAAAGAAAUUGCAGAACAAAUUAUCCCGACAAUCACAUAUGAAUCGGAAACCUGGUAUCUAA